UCCCGCCGUGCCCCGCGGCCGGAAGUGGCGCGCUCGCAGGCAGACGUGUCGGAGCGGCGGGCCCGGAGCGGACAGCGCGAGCCGGGGACAGCGGGAGCCCCAGGAUGAUCACGGACGUGCAGCUCGCCAUCUUCGCCAACAUGCUGGGCGUCUCGCUCUUUCUCCUCGUCGUCCUCUACCACUAUGUGGCCGUCAACAACCCCAAGAAGCAGGAGUGAGGGAAGCGCCGGGAACCCCUGCACGGCGAUGACACCGCACCGGCACCGGCACCGCCGCCCCUCCCUCCCGCGGGGCCGCGCCACGGAGCCUCGGCGGAUCCGAGCGCGGGGCCCCGAGAGGCGCGAGGCCGAGCUUCUUCCAAACCAGCUUUAACAGAAACACGAUGAUACACGACAAAA